AUGGACUCUACAAAUGCAAAAAUUGCAAGGUUUAAGAGGAAGUAUGCAAUGAAGAAAAAUGCCAACAUCAAUGCUCCGUCAGCUGGAGAAAAUGUUAGGCCAAUGGAUAUAGUCUCCAACAAUAGUCAUCUGAGCAAAGCUACUGUGAAUAAAAGAAAGGCAAACCGAAUUCCUCUGUCCCUUUUAAAUUCAGAGUGCCCAAUAGAUUGUGUUGAUACUGCAAACUUAACUCAAGAUUUUAACAUUCCAUCAAAGAGAAUUAGAAAACCAAACUCUAAAUUCUUAACUCCAGUGUCAUCUGCAAUUAACAAAUCAAAAUUCUCAACUGGACAAUCAUCAACACAAACACAACACUCUCAAGAACGUUCAGCUGGGUCAUUGGCAUUAUCCGAAGUUAUCAACGCCUCAUCCCAAAAAAUAAAUGGCAAAUAUUCAAGAAAGUUUUCAAACAAACACCAAUAUAUAGGUGUUCAAAGAUUAGACUUUGAUGAUGGUAUUAACACCAAUGCUUCAUCUAAUAUUGGAUAUGAUAUUAAUUCCUUAAAAUCUACAAUAUAUGCAAGUGCUGAAGUUGAAGGAUUGAUACAUUUUGGACAACCUGAGUUUACAUGUAAAAGGUGUUUUGCUGAAUUGUGGUAUGAGGAAAGAUCAGAGAAAUCAAGAAGAGGCAGUGAUAUAGAUUUUUCUAUUUGUUGUCAAAAAGGGAAAGUUGAACUUCCUCUUAUCACAAGACCACCACGUUUACUGUUAUCCUUAAUAAAUGGUUAUGAUCGUAGAAGCAAGCAUUUUAAGGAUAACUAUAGAGCAUACAAUAGCAUGUUUGCCUUUACUUCCAUGGGAGGUAAUAUACAAACGACAAUCAACAAUGGUGGUGGGCCUCCCCAAUUUAUAUUGGGUGGACAAAAUUACCAUAGAAUCGGGUCUUUGUUGCCUGAACCAGGAACGACUCCAAAGUUUGCACAAUUAUACAUCUAUGAUACACAAAAUGAAGUUGAAAAUAGAGCUGGACAUUUUAGGUCUGGAAAUAGUUCAGAUAAAAUUGACAUUUCGUUAGUUAAAGACCUAACCAAAAUGAUUGAUGAGUAUAAUCCACUUUCAAAAUCAUUUAGAAAGGUCAGAGAUAUGGUUGAAGCUGGCAAUGCUCCUUCGUUAGCCUUGAGAUUAUUUAGAAAGCGUGCAAAUGAUUCAAGAAUGCACAAUAUUCCUACCGCUGACGAGGUUGCAGGUUUGAUUGUUGGUGAUUUUGAAGAUUCAGAUAUUGGUAGAGAUGUCAUAGUUCAUGAUACAAGCCUUGGAUUUACUAGGAUUCAUGAAACUCAUGUUUUGUUCUUGCCACUUCAAUACCCAUUGAUCUUUCCUUUGGGGGAAAAUGGUUGGGAACCAGACAUCCCUCAUAGAGAAAUAGAAGAUGGCCAAGAAAAAGAGAAGCAUGAUAGAACUACAAUUAGGGAAUUCAUGGCAUUUCGCAUUCAAGAGAGAAAGAUUGAGUUUGGCAACAUUGUUUACUCCAAGAGGCUGUUUCAACAAUUUUUGGUAGAUUGUUACACUAUGAUAGAGGCCCAACGCCUUUCAUUCAUAAGAGAAAAUCAACAAACUAUUAGAAGUGAUCUGUUGAGUGGUCUAAAAGAAGCUAUUGAAAGCGGAGAUGUGGACGCUUCACUUAUUGGAAAGAGUGUCAUACUUCCAGAUUCUUUUACAGGAGGUCCAAGAUAUAUGUUUAACAAUUGUCAAGAUGCAAUGGGUAUUUGUAAGAGGUUUGGUUAUCCGGAUCUGUUCAUUACAGUCACAUGCAAUUCAAAUUGGCCAGAAAUACGUGACUUUGUUACUUCCAAAGGACUUCAAGCAUCUGACCGACCUGAUAUUGUGUGUAGAGUCUUCAAAAUGAAGUUGGAUGAAAUCAUGGCAGACUUCAAAAAGAAUGAAAUAUUUGGAAAGGUUAUUGCAGGUAUGUAUACUGUCGAGUUUCAGAAGAGAGGCCUUCCACAUGCACAUAUAUUAUUGUGGUUAGAUGGUAAACACAAGUUAAUUACCAGUCGGGAUAUUGACAAGGUAAUAUCAGCUGAAAUCCCCCAUCCAAAGUUAUAUCCAAAGCUACACAGUGCUGUCGCGACAUUCAUGAUGCACGGACCAUGUGGAAAAGCCAAUCUUAAUUCUCCUUGCAUGAAGGUUCAUAGAUGCUCCAAGUAUUUUCCUAAAAAGUAUAAAUUAUCAACAACCAUUGAUGAUGAUGGUUAUCCAACUUACAAGAGACGUGAUACUGGAGUAACUGUGCAAAAAAAUGGUAUUAAAUUGGAUAAUGGUAGUGUUGUGCCUUACAAUCCCUUUCUACUUAUGAGGUAUCAAGGACAUAUUAAUGUUGAAUAUUGCAAUAAGUCCAAUGCCAUCAAAUAUUUAUUCAAAUAUGUCAACAAGGGGCCUGAUCGUUCCAAUAUUGAAAUCACAAAUGGAAAAGGUGUUUCACAUGAAAAAGAACCUAUUGAUGAAAUCAAACGGUUUUAUGAUUGCAGAUAUUUGUCUCCAUCUGAGUCUGCUUGGCGGAUUUUCAAAUUUGACAUUCAUCAAAAGUUUCCAGCAGUUAUCAGAUUGAGCAUUCAUUUGGAAAAUCAACAACCUGUUACUUUUAGAGACAAUAGUUCAAUUGAGAAUAUUGUGAAUUAUCGUGAAAUGAUAGACACAAUGUUUCUUGCAUGGUUUAAGGCGAAUGAAAUAUAUGAAGAGGGUCGUGGUCUGACAUAUGCCGAAUUCCCUUCAAAAUUUGUUUACUUGCCUAAUAAACAAUUGUGGCAACCAAGAAAGCAAGGUUUUAGUAUUGGAAGGCUGACAUAUGUCCCUGUUGGUGCUGGAGAGUUAUAUUACUUGAGAGUAUUGUUGACAAUGCAAAGGGGAUGCACAAGUUACCAAAGUAUUAAAACUGUCAAUGGCAAGAUUUGUAAAACAUUUCAGGAAGCUUGCAAUGAAUUAGGCCUUUUGAAAGAUGAUAAAGAGUUUAUAGAUGGAAUUCAAGAAGGUUUCAACACGGCUACAGGUAAUCAAAUGAGGAAGUUGUUUGUGAGAUUGCUUAACAUGAAUACAAUGAACAACCCACUUGAGGUUUGGAAUUCUACUUGGAAGUUGUUGUCUGAUGGCAUUCUUUACAAUAGAAGAAAGACACUAAACAUUCCAGAUUUACAAAUCUGUGAUGAUGAGUUACAAAACCUUUGUCUCAUUGAGGUUGACAAUUUAUUGAUGGCAAAUGGAAGAUCACUAGAAGAUUACAAAACCAUGCCUACCCCUGAGUUUGAUGAUGUCAUUGAAUUUCAAAAUAAGCUCAUAGCAGAUGAACUCAACUAUGACAGAACUGAGUUAGGUAUUUUACAUGCAAGUUUGGUUGAAAAACUGACUGAAGAGCAGCAUUUGGUCUAUACAAAGAUAAUGACAUCUGUUUUAUCUGGAGAUGGUCAAUUUUAUUUUUUGUAUGGAUAUGGUGGGACAGGGAAAACUUUUUUGUGGAAAACACUUUCUGCUGCUAUCAGAUCACAAGGAAAAAUUGUGCUUAACGUAGCUUCAAGUGGAAUUGCUUCAUUACUGCUCCCUAAUGGGAAAACUGCUCAUUCAACAUUUUGCAUCCCAUUGGAUAUAAAUGAGAAAUCUACUUGCAAUGUGACACAACUUUCUAUUAGAGCCAAAUUGUUAAGAGCAACCAGCCUAUUCAUUUGGGAUGAAGCUCCAAUGAUGAAUAGAUUUUGUUUUGAAGCUUUUGAUCGAACAAUGAGGGAUUUGAUGAAAAAGGUUAAUAAGGAUAACUGUAAAAAACCUUUUGGUGGAAAAGUUGUUGUAUUGGGUGGAGAUUUCAGACAGAUUCUGCCGGUUGUUAGAAAUGGUCCUAGAGCUGCAAUUGUUAAGGCAACAGUUAGUUCAUCAAAAAUAUGGAAGGACUGCAAAGUAUUGAAGUUGACAAAGAACAUGAGGUUGACCGGUGAUACUACAAACCAAUCACGCAAUGAACUCAAACACUUUGCGGAUUGGAUAUUGAAAAUUGGGGAUGGUUUACUAAAUGCAGAUGAGAAUGGAGAAGCACACAUUCAAAUACCUGAAGAGCUGUGCAUUUUACAUGGUGAGAAUCCAUUACUUUCUUUGGUUGAUUUUGUUUAUCCAGAUAUAGUUAAAAAUAUUGCAAAUGCUAAUUAUUUUGAAGAUCAAGCAAUCCUUGCUCCAACCUUAGAGAUUGUUGAACAAGUAAAUGAUUUUGUACUAUCUAUGAUUCCUGGUGACUCUAAAACUUAUUUAAGUUCUGAUACACCAUGCAAGUCUGAUGAGGAUUACCAGGUUCAAAGCGAUUGGUUUACAUCAGAAUUUUUAAAUGAUGUCAAGUGCUCUGGGAUACCUAAUCAUCGUUUAACUCUAAAAGUUGGUGUGCCUGUAAUGCUUUUGCGGAAUAUUGAUCAAGCAAGCGGUUUGUGCAAUGGUACAAGGCUUCAAGUUAAGGAGUUAGGAAAGAAUAUUAUAACUGCCACAGUUAUCACUGGAAAAAAUAUUGGUGAAAGUGUAUAUAUUCCAAGGAUGGAUUUGGUACCUACUGAUUCCGGUCUACCUUUCAAGUUCUCUCGCCGACAAUUUCCUAUUUGCUUAUGCUUUGCAAUGACAAUAAACAAAAGUCAAGGACAAUCUCUUUCCAAGGUUGGGAUGUAUUUACCUCGACCAGUUUUUACGCAUGGCCAACUAUAUGUAGCAAUCUCUAGAGUUACAACAAAAAAAGGUUUGAAGAUGUUAAUCUUAGAUGAAGAUGGGAACACUUGCACUACAACUUUGAAUGUUGUAUAUCCGGAAGUGUUCGAAAAUUUGUAG